AUGAAACACAUGCCGUCCCUGUCGAAGAAGGUGAUGCCGCCGCCAAAGGAGCCUGGCACGCACACCAAUGCUGAGGUGAGGGAGGCCCUGCACGCGCGUGCGCUGCGCCGCACGGUACUCGUCACCGCCGUCGUCUUUUUGCUUCUGGUGUGUCUAACCGUCGUCUCCAACACGGCCCGCAAAACCGUCGGCGAUACUGGAACGCCAAAACUUUUACUCAUUGUUGCAAAGGGGCUGGCCCCCAUAUCAGUGCGCCGAGCCAUGCUGAGCAACAAGUCACCUUUCAUGCGCCUUCUCUCCAAAGCGGGUGGGAAGUUUGCGUCCAUCUCUGCCAACUACAGCACAUCAAACCCGCUCAUCAACCUCCUCACCGGAUCCGCCGUCCUCACCGCUGACACGUUGGCUGAAACCACAUCGAUUCUUGGCUGGCUAAAGGCGCAGAAGAAGCGCACCGUAGUGGCCGCACCGUCUAUGUACUGGUCUUCAGGGAAGGCGGGAGCGUUUCCAUGCCCGCAGGUGGGUUUGCUUGACACAGAGUGCUCGGGUCAGAAGUGUCCAGAGCGAAAGGACUCGGCCUACUGCAACGCCUUCCGGAAGUACAUCACCUGCGAUGACCACGCGCAGCUGUACAACAGCGAAAUCCUGCUCGCUUUUGAGAAGAUGUUAAACCACUCCGCGGACGCUCUCUACUUCCAGCUGAGCUCACUCGCCGAGGCGGAGGUGAACAACCCAAAACUGGUGGUGCAGGAGCGCAGUGAGGUGAACCUUCUUGACUCUGCGGUGGGCAGUAUCGCCUUAGCUCUUUCUCGUCGUACCGCUAGUAAGGCGGAAAACUGGCUCAUGAUCAUCACCAGCGACGGCGCUAAUUCUGAGAUGACUGCACCGCUGCUCGUGGUGGUGUACACCAAGGGUGAACUUGUGCAGCUGAACGACAUUGCCGAGGACGCCAAGACGACCGAUGUGGCAAACACCAUCAUGCACUGGUUUAAAGGCAGCAAUGUGAACACAACGCGUUUGCUGGGCAUUUGCACGAGUGGCGAAAAGGUAGAGAACUGCAAGAGCGCUGCCUAA